GAAAUACAAAACAUUGUGUCAUCUUUCCAUCCUCUACAUAUCAUCGUUUUAUGCCAGUUAUACGCUCCAACAAUGACAGCUUUUUGGUUGAUCCUAGUUGUGACCUUGUGUUCAGCCGGUGUCGAGGUAACAGCCACUUGCUACGGCUACCCCCUCGUCUACAACUUCUACGACAUGCUGGCCCAGUCAACCUGCACUGCUAAAUUUUCAGGUAGUGACAAUGUAUGGGCGUUGCGAAGAACCUGUCCAGGAGGCACGAAGAGCUGUUAUCAGAUCUGUGCAGAGAAAACACUCACGUGUUUCCAGGCCUACCACGUGUACAAGAAUCCUCCAAUCCUCGCCGAGAACUCUAACAGUCAACCUGAUCAAGGUGUACCAGGACUGAGCAUGUACAGUUACGAUAACGGUUGUGACUUUUCACACCCUGGUUGUGGCCCGAAUUACUGCUGUUGUUCUGGGCCGGAUGGCGCUCUGGGUUAAUAGAGCGCCAUAGAUCUGAUUACCAUUACAAUAUUUAGUACACCAAUGGUCUGGGCGAUCGAACAUUAGACACAAGUUUGAUAUAUCCGAUUAAUCAAUGAACUCAUUAAUUAAAUAAACAACAAUGUAAAUUA